GAGCAGUGCACAUCUCGCCACGGUCCAGCCUCCUUUUCAAAGUCCACAGCAAAUACGACAAAGCUCCACUUCCUAGGCAGCAGCAGCAGGGAGCGUCCACUCGCGUCUCCUGCUCGCGUUUUUCUCCUUCGAGCCGGGUGUUUUUCUUUCUGUUUGUUUUUGAGGUGCAAUUUUCGGUCUCCACUUGCCUUCUCCAAUGUAUAAGAUGGAGUAUUCUUACCUGAACUCCUCUGCCUACGAGUCAUGUAUGGCCGGGAUGGACACGACGAGCCUCGCGUCGGCCUAUGCGGACUUCAGCUCGUGCAGCCAGGCCAGCGGCUUCCAGUACAACCCCAUCCGGACCACGUUCGGUGCCACCUCGGGCUGCCCCUCGCUCACGCCGGGCUCGUGCAGCCUGGGGACCCUGCGAGACCACCAGAGCAGCCCGUACGCCGCAGUGCCCUACAAGCUGUUCACGGACCACGGGGGCCUCAACGAGAAGCGGAAGCAGCGACGUAUUCGCACCACGUUCACAAGCGCGCAGCUGAAGGAGCUGGAGCGCGUGUUCGCAGAGACGCACUAUCCGGACAUCUACACGCGCGAGGAGCUGGCUCUGAAGAUCGACCUGACGGAGGCACGAGUCCAGGUGUGGUUCCAAAACAGACGCGCCAAGUUCCGUAAGCAGGAGCGCGCUGCUGCUGCAGCUGCCGCAGCGGCCAAGUCCAACUCCGGCAAGAAAUCUGACUCCAGAGACGAGGACAGUAAAGACAACAAAGCCACGGACCCGGACAGCACGGGGGGCCCCGGCCCUAACCCCGUGCCAACGUCUAACUGCGGGGGGCCUAGCCCCACCGGCGGACAGGUCAACACGUCCGGCAGCGGGCAGGUGGACCCGGUCAAGACCGUAUCCAGUGGAGGGAUGGUGGGCGUGACGGCCCCGAGCCAGGGCUGGGCCAGUGCCCCCGGGACCAUCACCUCUAUCCCGGACUCUUUGGGCGGGCCCUUCGCCAGUGUGUUGUCCUCUUUGCAAAGACAGAACGGAGCCAAAGCCACACUAGUAAAGACCAGCAUGUUCUGAAGGCCGUGUCUGGACAAUUCUACAAUAUGACUCCCGUGUUGUUUCAUUUGUCGCCUGUCAGUCGCCUCUGUGCACACACCGCUCCAGCAGUGACACGGGAUGCGUGUAAGGACCAUAUGUGGAGCAGUGACUGUGAUUGGCCCGUCCUGCCCGGGCAGAGGACUGCUGACGCCUGUGGACGCUGUGUUUGUCUCCAGAGUUUAGUUUCUUUCAAUUGUCUGUAGAUCCUUCAUAGGCAUGUACCCCAAGACACGGUGCGCAUUUUUGACCAUAUUUUCGUAUUUCAUUU